CAUUUUGAUACUAUGUCGUUUCCGCUACCAAAAUUAAUAUAAAGCUGCAAGCUGGGUCUUACAAGUUAUUGGGAAUUAACGGGACCAACGUUACAGUUAGCUAUCUUUACUCUUUUCUCUCUCGUAUUGUAUGGCCGAGCUGAACGAAAAUAAGCGUUAACUCGAUUGAGUUAACGUCAAUUAUGUUAACUUUCGCUCCUCUGUGAAAUACACACCACGCUUUAUCUAACAGGUUUUGUGUGUGAGUGUGUGACCUCUGGGCAAUGAUGGCGGCGAGUGGAGUUCCAGGGUCAAGAGCCGCUGAAUGUGUGACCAAAGUGGCGCUGAGCAUUUCCUGUGACAACCUGCUGGACAUGGAUACUUUCUCAAAGUCUGACCCUCUAUGUGUGCUUCACAUGCACAGCUCAGGGUCCAGCUGGUGGGAGGUUGGCCGGACAGAGAAAAUCAAGAAUUGCCUUAAUCCCAGGUUUUCCAAGACUUUUGUCAUUGACUACUACUUUGAGAUGGUGCAGAAGCUGAAGUUUGAAGUGUAUGACAUUGACAGUGACAACCACAAUCUGGAAGAUGCUGACUUCCUGGGAGAACUGGAGUGUACACUGGGACAGAUUGUGUCCUCAAGGAAACUAACGAGACCCCUUGUCAUGAAGGACAAGAGGCCUGCAGGAAAAGGAACCAUUACUAUAUGUGCUGAAGAGAGAACAGACAACAGGGUGGUGGAGUUUGAAGUGGCAGGAAGAAAACUGGAUAAAAAGGACUUUUUUGGCAAGUCUGACCCUUUCUUGGAAUUCCACAAGCAGACAGCAACUGGAUGGCAGCUGGCUCACAGGACAGAGGUGGUGAAAUACAACCUGAACCCAGUAUGGAAACCAUUCCGAAUCCCACUGCAGGCACUCUGUGGAGGUGACGUGGAGAAAUCUAUAAAGAUAGACUGUUACGACUACAACAGCAGUGGAUCUCACAACUUUAUUGGAAGCUUUCAGACCACACUCAGCCAAAUCCAGCAGGCAUCACAAACAUAUGCGGCUGAGUUUGAAUGCAUCAACAGUAAGAAGCAACAGAAGAAGAAAGGAUACAAAAACUCUGGUGUUAUCAUAAUAAAAAAAUGCAAGACGGUGAAGGAGUAUACUUUUCUGGAUUACAUAAUUGGCGGCUGUCAGAUUAACUUCACUAUUGCCAUUGACUUCACAGGCUCCAACGGGGAUCCCAGGUUCCCCCAGUCCCUCCACUACAUCAACCCUCAUGGCUAUAAUGAAUACCUGUCAGCUAUCUGGGCUGUGGGCAGUGUGAUCCAGGACUAUGACAGUGACAAGAUGUUCCCUGUGUUUGGUUUCGGAGCCAAGAUUCCUCCCACAUGGCAGGUCAGCCAUGAGUUUCCCAUCAACUUCAACCCAUCGAAUCCAUUUUGUGAAGGUAUAGAGGGUGUGGUCACCGCCUACCAGCAGUGUCUGCCUCAGGUGAAGCUUUACGGUCCCACAAACUUUUCCCCGAUCAUCAACCACGUAGCUCACUUUGGCAGGCAAGCCCUACAGCAGCAAACUGCCAACCAAUACUUCGUUCUGCUCAUCAUCACCGACGGAGUGAUCACAGACAUGGAUGAGACACGCAGCGCCAUCGUCAACGCCUCUCGUCUGCCCAUGUCCAUCAUCAUCGUGGGAGUCGGGGGGGCAGACUUUGAUGCCAUGGAGUUCCUGGAUGGAGACAAUGGAAUUUUGCGCUCGGCUACAGGCGAGGCCGCCAUGCGAGACAUCGUGCAGUUUGUGCCAUUCAGGCAGUUCCAAAAUGGUCCUCAAGAAAUGCUUGCUCAGAAUGUCUUGGCAGAAGUCCCAGGUCAGGUGACCGGCUUCUUCAAUACCAUGAAGUUGAGGCCGCCCCAAGCUGACACGCCUCCCCCUGACUUCUCAGCAUCAGCACCACCCCUCUGAUGUAUCCUGAGGACCAGCCUUCCUCCUCCAUAUGCACGGACACUCAUUCUUAUCUGGAUUAUAGGAGGCAAUCUCAUGUUUUAACUUCGAAAUGAUUUAUUAGGAAAACUCUUCUAUGUUCAUAUGAGCACGUCACGUUCAGUCUGCCAGUCUGGUAAUGAUUUGUAAAUCCUUUGUUACAAUUAUAGCAUAACUCCAUAGUGCACAGAUAUGGUCAAACAUCUCUUAACAUUUGUUUACAUUUGAAAUGAACACAGAUAUUUAAUACAUUUGCCACUUAUGUGACUCAAGUGCCAGAAUAGUUUAGAAUUUAAGUGAUUUCUUAUUUUAUGAAUCAGCGGUAUGCAUUAUAUGAGGAAUUAACUGAUAUUAGUGUGACUUCACUCAAGGCCUUUGGUUUUUGUGGAAAAAUUUGAGGCAGCUAAUAACAGCUAUCUCAUUAGUCUGUCAAAUUGUCAAUCAAAAUGUCUACAUGAAAGGGCUUAGUACUUACAUGUUUCUACUGUUGUUGAUCAGAUCUUGUUUCCAGUAGUUUCAUGUUUCAACGAUCACUUCUCUUGUUUUUCACACAUUCAUGUUUCUCUUAGCCUGACUUCAGUCAAAGCUAAGGCUCGACCAAAUACAAUUCAGGUAAACUUCAGAAAUGUUUAUGUAUGACAAGUUACUGGAUUAAGUUCUUUGUUAAAAUGAAUACUUUUUUGUAGAUUGUACACUACAAAAACUACUGCAUUGCUGCUGUUUUGUACUUCAGUCAGUUUCUUUUUUACAAUUCAAUUCUUUCAUGUUUCAUGUGACAUACUGCUUGGUGCUUUAAUAUCCGUGUUAAACAAGGAGAAUCCCCAGAAGUGAUUAUUUAUCAUCAGUUAUUGGCAAAAUGCAUGUUUACAUUGAUGUACAUUAGAAGUUCACUGCCUCUUAUCGUACUGACUGUUAAUAAUAUUGCCUAAUACAUUUCACAAAGUGUAUAUGCGUAUAUUCAUCAGAUACAAGUUGUUUGCGCUGUCAUUGUUUCAUUGCCUUAUGUAGUAUCCUUGUCUUCAUUAUACAGUUUUAGUUUGUAUCAAUAUUUUAUGUAAAUAUGACACGUAUUGCUAAAAUCAAGUUUAACCUACAUAAUACAGCUUCUACAUCAAUACUUUAUGUAAAAGUAUAAGAUAAUUAGAAAGAUGUGUCUUAGGUUUGUGGGUUCUGCCUUCAUGUUGUGACAUUAGUGACCCAAUUUUAUGCAUUGUUGAAAUGUUUGUGUGGAUCAUAAUAGUUAAAUACAAACAUUCAAGGAUGUAAAUUAAAUAUUGACUUUUAUAGAUUUUUUUUCACUUGACAAAAUGAAUACAUUGUUCUUGCACGUUUAAUACUCCUAAUCUUAUUUUAUGUUUCCCAUGGGAGGAAUGAGGUAUCUUUUUAAACCAGCCUGAGAGAGCUGUUGUGUCUGUAUAUUUCAAACACAAUAAAUACUGAUUAUUCCUUUCAAAAUGAAA